AUGGUGAAGCUUGCAAGUGUGAAGCUGCAACUCCAACUGCAAGUUCUUCUUCCUCUCAUUUUCCAGUGCGACCCUCAGCCUAGAAAUCUCCUUGUGCUCUUCACCAUGAUCGAGCAGCAGCAGCUACUUGAUGAUCACUCUCCUCUUCUCCUUGUAUCGUUUUCACCGAAACUUCACUUCCAACAGCUCUUGUUCCAAGCUCCCUUUCAACACAUUCGAGUCGCCAACAUCUUUUCCUUCUUCACGCCACCACCACCCGCUAUGCUUGCUGCUGCCUGCACCACCACCAACAUAAACAUGAUCCCCCAUUUGUUGGGUACCCGCUUCCCUUCCAAACGCAACCUCUUUUGCCACCGCAUCAUCGUUUGGGAACACAGGAUCAAGCUCCAACCCGUCUUGGUUGAAGUUCCACCCGCUGAUCCUUCUCUCCUUCACCGAGCAUGGCGAGGUCUUCUUCAUCAUCAUCAUCAUCAUGCUCCCCCUCAUCCGCAUGCUCAUUAA